UACUAACAAAAAUAGUGGAAGGGGGAGGCAGUAACCCAGUAUAUCUUUAAUUGCGUAUGACAAUAACAAUUUUUUUUAAAAGAUCAUGCUUUAAAAAUAAAGGGGGGGGGGGGGGGGGGGGCACACUCCCCUUCCUCUUUGUGCCUGCCUUUGUGUUGAGGAUCUGGUAGCGAUUGUUCCCCUUUGAUAUUUCAUCGUCGUAUGCGUUAGGCAUUGGAUUACGUUUCCACAUGUUUGUGGAAGAAUAAUUUAGAAUUAAGCUUUCAUAACUAAUAUUUUAAAAUGAAAUAUUAUAACGUUAAGAAAAAAUUCUAAAAUAUUGAGGGAAAAAUCAAUGCCUUGCAUUGAAAACUACUUCAACCCAACUGCAUGCAGUCCACACAAAUCAAUAACCACUGUCAAAUGGCUAGGCUGAAGUUUAAACUCGUAAUAAAAAUUCUAUGAGAUAAAUAACGAUGGUUGAUAAAGGUACCAAAGCUGAUUUCUGUCUCAUCGAUCCAGAAGUAGUAGGUAUUUUGAAUACGUAUUGCUAAUUUACACAAUGGCUUAUUAGGUAAUAAUGGGCCAUCUAAUUGUGUUUUAUAAUUAGUCCGGGUUUUUUUUUAAAUAAAAAAAAAAUUAAAUUUUGCAAAUACAUUGUCGUCUAUAUUGCAUGUACCAGCAAUUUUAAAAUACGGAUUGAUUGUAUAUUGUUUAACGUCCCUCCCGAGAAGGUCACCCAUAUGGAGACGUCACCAUUGCCGUUGAAGGGCUGCAAAAAAGGCCUAUGCUCGGCGCUUACAGCCUUUGAGCAGGGAGUGAUCUUUAUCGUGCAACACUUGUUGUGACACGGGACCUUGGUUUCUGCGGUCUCAUCCGAAGGACCGCUCCAUUUAACCACCUCUUACGACAAGCAAGGGGGUACUGAGGACCUAUUCUAACCCGGAUCCCCACGGGAAGUAAAUCAAUACGGAGGAAAAUCUGCUCAUUCAAUAACUGCUUGACUAUUUGAUUAAAAAACUUGUCGUUUUAGAAUUAGGGUCCACAUUAUGGUAUGUUUUGGUCUGUUAAAUCAUUCAUAUUUGCAAUAAACAGAGUAUUGAAAAUUACAUAAUUGAAAACGGGUAAAUGUUAAUUAUUUCUGUGAGCAAUGUAAUGGCCAGCCGAGGUUGACGACCAUACUGCCAUCUAUCGAAAUUUUCGUGUCAUGUCGUCACUAAACAUGUCUCCAUUACAAACAAUGAUGUAAUAAAAAUAUGAUUGUCAAGCGAUUUCAAGAGAUUUAAACUCUCCAAUACCUCGUUCGUUUCCACGACGGAACAGCGAGUGCUUGUAAAAGGGUAAAAUAUUAAUAAUGCAGUUUUAAAAUCGAUGCAUAAUUUAAACCCGUCGACUAAAAGAAGUCCAGCGAUUGGUAUUAUCUGCGGAUUAAGACUUUGUUAGUUUCACCCAGGUUCAUAAUAAUAUACAAACGUAUAAAAUAUAUUGCCAGAUUAUAGAUCAAUAUAGUCCUGACACACAGGCAUAUUUGUUUCAAAGUUUGCAUGGAUUUGAAUACUUUAAGCCGUACUUAACAGUUUAUGGAAUUAAGAAAUAGGCUGUAUAUAGAUGACAUUUAAUUAAUGUGGCGAAAAACAGCAAAAUGGAGGAGAACAGCGAAAUGACUUGAUGUACGUAGACAAAAUUUCGGUGGAUUUAUCGUAGUUGUUUUUGUUCUAUUAUUUGUCGAUUGUUGGUGUGUGGAUUCAUUAGAAGAGUAAAUUUGAAGCGAGAGGGGAAAAUGAUCUUUAGCCUCUGGUGGAUAACGUGUACAUUUAUCAUCGUCUUCCCUACCUCAUCAGAAAGCACGUGCACAUUUCCUUCAGAGAUAGAGGGGGACUGGUACAGUGGCCACAAAGGAAAGCUGACCUUCAACUCCACGCACCUGACAGGUUACCCUAUCUAUAUGUCCAAUGCCGUGCAAUCGUUAGAUUUCGAAUGCUACAUAAACAGUGACAGAAAAUAUCUUCUGAGAGCUACGGAUACCGCCCUUGUGUUUGGGCAAUACAUUCGUGGUUAUAUAUGCCUCGAAUUAUGGAGAAUUUCCAGCACAAAGUACUACUACUAUCACGGAACAACGAUCACGGCAACAAACAAUGACAACGUUAGGGGCUUCAUUGACUCUUUUGCAACCGGAACAGUUGAGAACACUUGUGAUAUAGUAGAACCUUACAACACAUCAGCGUUUGUUAUACUAGUUAAAGAUGGGUCGAUCUCGACGGGGGCAUCUGAAGCCACAUGCGCAACCGACCUACUGGCAUCAUUUAGCGCUGUUUCGAUUACAGACUCAACCGGAAGUACGUCAUGUUCCAAUAACGUGAUGGAUGGUUGUACCGACAAAACAGAAAUGAGAUUUACAUAUGAUGCCGGAUGUGGAAAUACCCUCAAAUUCUCAACUGAUGGUUUUUGGACCUGUAUGCACAGCGUGUCAAGCGGCGGGUACACGUAUUUGUCCUUGUGGAACAAUGACAGCACUGUUGUUGGGAAAACGACCUAUUCAUAUAACUCGGGGGACAACUAUCAGUUUGCCUGUUUAGUGAUUAGCGGAGCUUCGGCGACAAUGUUUCCGAAUUUUUGUUCAGACAGUACACAGACAACCACUACAGUUGCCUCCCCUGGGCUACAGUUGUCAUUCACAAGUGCCACCACAACGUGUUAUGAAGAAGUAGAGGGAGGAUCAAGCGCAGUGUAUUACAUCACGAUAGUGUUAGGAUCCUUGUUCAUCAUAGCUCUGAUUAUCUUAAUCAUAAUCCUAAAGAAAAAAGGAUACUGUUCCCUUCAAAAAUGCAAGAAGCAGAGACCCGGAUCUCCAGAAAGCACUGUAGAGCAGGGAGAACAUGUGACUAAUACUGUUUUUAAAAUGAACAAAUUGGACCCAAUCCCUGGAUUCAAGGCCAAGAGACCUCUUCGUAUUGGACCCAUUGUAGAACCUAAUUUGGAUCCUCUUCCGAAGGUUGAACCAUUGUAUGCACUGUCUGAUAGAAAGGACACUACAAAACCACCCAAAAGAGAUGCCGAUGCUAUAUCAGUAGAGAGCGUAGAGGAUGAGGAUAAUCCGUUUACCUUCUACAACAUCGCCAAGUUCGUGCUUCUUCCGAAAAUUGUCUCCAAGAAGAGCUUUGAUGUCGGGGCGCUGGCAGAUCCGAAGCGAAACACGUUGCACGAUGUUUUAGAAGUAAAGAAAACGAAGUUAAAACAGGAGAGCAAAGCCGCGGAGGAACAGGGAAAGAAAUAUGAAAAAGGAAAAGAAACAAAUAAAGAAAAGACAAAGGACAAACCUAAACUCACUAAACAAAAAUCACAAGAACCCAAGCCUGGCAACAAAAAUCGUAGAAAUUCAAGAAAGGGAAAAUGAUUAUAAAUGGCAGAUUAUGCGGUGAAGAUAUGGACGGUUCUUUGGCAGGCUGAGGAAAGGUGUUUCCAUUAUUUGUCUUCAUCUGUGACCACCCAUGUCUGUAGUAUUUUACCUGUGAGGCUGAUAUUCAGUGUUGUUAUGUUUAUAUUUCGUGAGGAGACACUUUGGUGCAAUUGUAAAACCAAUCAUGGUUAAGUUUAUCAAAUCUGUUGUUACUUUCAUAUGUUAAUUUCCUAAUGAAUCUAUGUACAUUAUUGCUUGUUUGAAUUCUGAAUAUUCUAAUUCGUUUUAAACUUUA